AUGUUAACUGUCCACUCGCUUGUCCGCAGACAUUUUCGCGUCUUGAUGUGUCGCGAGUCGAAUUCUUCACCAAUCCCACCAACUCUCUCAGCGGACGAGCGAGAUGGUAUCUUGGACCGCUUUCGUAUUGGUGAUAUAGAGCCAUGCGCGACUUCAGUGGCUUUGAUUGAUUCGACCGAUUUUGUCAAGACUGGUCCUCACUUCAACAGCAACGAUUUCGCCGAAGUGGAAUUAGACUUGAUGCGAUGGGGCCAACGACGAUUCUCUUUCUACUAUGAAGGCACCAUGGAUGAACGUGUAAACAUUAUAAUGUCUGAACUCUUCUGGACGUCGUUUUACCGUGCUGUCAAAUCUCGAUCGUACAAAUUCACUAUAAGCCAACACGUUCUCCGCCGUGCGAUUGUCUUCCCAGUGCUCUCCAAUGAGUUCAAGAACCUUCAAUCAAUGUACCGGGCCCAAUGCAACAGCUUGGAAAUUCUUGACUACCACUGCAUGGUAGACGAAAAGAAAAAGGCAGAGUACUCGGACUACUUGGUCAAGUCGGGCGUUUCUGAAGGUAUCUUAUCAAUCUUUCAACCAAGAAACCACUUCAUUAUGGGUAACAAAGCCGAAGUGAAAGUCACCGCUGGCAACCAAGGAUCGGACGAGGUUCACGUAUUCAUACCUCGAUGGUGGUCUGAGAAGACUGUUAGCUUAAUGAAAGUCAUUGAGGGACGGGUACACUCUUAUGCGGCCUUGUGCACCAGCUUUCCUGGAAGCGGUCGUAUCCCCCGCAAAUACGUCGAGUCUGAUUCAAAUGACUACGGUUUUGUACCUCGUCAUCUUCCAUCUGAUAUGUAUAGCGACGAAUUUAAAGAUACUUUGCUACCAAGUGAUCGUUGGGCACUCAAAAUGAAACCGAUGGUAUUGCCCGAAAUCAAUCGAAUGGAGACUAUCUUCCCUUCUGGCCAAACUCAAUUUUUUUAUCACAUAGAAGGUGGUAUGAACAAUGAUUAUUACACCAGUGACGAAGAUAUUUCGUGUGAUGAGCUCGAGCUUAGUGAAAAUGAAGACGAUGAUAGCAUCUCUCCAUCUGGUCAGAUUGAACUCAAACGUAUCGAGCGUCUCUUACAAGAUGAAAUUUCAACUUUGAAAGAAAACUUAAACGACUCCAAUAAGACUAUCGAGGGAUUCCAAAACAACAUACUCAACUCGAUUCCCUUGCACUUGGAAGAAUUGAAACAGGCGAGGGAAGACAUCACCAAGCUCAAAGAGAAGAUUGAAUCAUUGGAAGGUCGUUUAGAAUUGGAUAAAUCACAACAACAAUUGGGCGAAACGAGCCAAGCGGACCAGUUGCUCGAUUCACAAAUUUGA